AUGUUGACAUCUUUCACCUGGACGCUUGCGCCUUUGCCCUGUGAUCAAAAGCGUGUUUUGAGUGGACCCGCGGCUGUCUUCGAGGGGCUCGCAAACGCUCGUAAUCAACUUAUCCGGGGAGCUGAGAUGUACUCCGCUGGCUCCCUGCGUUUCACACGAUCGAAUAUGUGGACACUACGCAAUCAUAAUGUUUACCGUGACACUCACCCGCACGCACCUCCAUCUCCUCCACCAGCGAAACACCUCGGCAACAUGCAUCCAGCUGCGGCAGUAGUCGCCAUCACCAAGCGAAACUCGACCAAAUCCCCGCUGUUUCGUCUGCCCGGAGAGAUCCGGAACAUACUCUAUGAGUAUGUCACUGGUCACUACAGCAUAUACCACACAUCCGACGGCCACUUGAUCGUCGGCCCCAUCGACCCGUGGGACUGGCGCCACACAUUCGUCGAGUUCCCGAGCGUCGCCAACCUGCUUGCUCUCACCCUCGUCUGCCGCCAGACCUACAUCGAGUCCCGCCUGCACAUCUUCACUAACAACACUUUCGACACGAAGAACUUUUUCUACUUCCAGAGGCGAGUGGAGAAUCUGAGCACGGAGCAGAAAAAUGCCAUCUCCACAAUUACCCUCAGAUUCGACUGCAUGGGCAAGAUCGGCUUCAAUAUUUACCACUUGACCGACACGCUCGACCCCACCGAGCAUUUCCUGGUCAAGCCUUACCUCGAGAUGCUGCCUGCGUUCGCCGGGUUGAAGCGGGUGGUUAUGGACAGUACGAACAUGACACAACGCGACGAUGAGUACAAUAAGUACCCAAAGGCCAUGGAGGGAUACGCUGUCUUUGGUAUAUGGCGUCUCUUCCAAAAGGAUGGCAUGUUGGUCGAGUUCAUCGAAGGUCCUGUAUUCCGGCUGCGUGCUUGCUGCGGCAAGUGCGAGUCCUGUACUCAAAGGGAGGGAACAUCGAUGGAGCAUUCAAGUGAGAGGACCGAAGUUUGA